AAAACACGAUAAGGCGCGUCCGUAAAUACGUGAAAGUGAAGUAUGGGUCACAGACCUGUCUACCUUUUGACAGUUCCUGUCGGUUUGUUGUUGUUAUCGUUGAGUUUGACAGUUCAUUGUCAGGUGCCGAUUCCCGAAGGAGGUCGUCAAUAUAACCGGGAUGGCGUUUACGUGCCAUCCAAUAUUGAAGGUUAUAAGACCUACUUUUACAAGGACCGGAGGUAUGGGAACCAGCCCAGCUAUCUUGAUCCAAUACACGGAAUACCCACUCGUGCCCCGGAAAAUCGCUACAAUUAUGGGGACACGACACCAAGAUAUUUCCUACCUGGAAUCCUGGGAGGCUGGCGAGAAAAUCUACAAGGAAAGGAAAGACCAGACUCCAAAAAUUUAGACAGAGAUAUUUAUGUGACCACAGAUUAUGGACAAGUUCAAGGUUUUAAAGUCUAUUUGUAUGAUAAUCCUGAAGCGAGACAUAGACCCUGGAGCGUGCCUGUUGAACGAGUCACAAAAAGUGUUAACGUGUUUCUGGGAAUUCCUUAUGCUAUGCCACCUACAAAGGAAGGCCGCUUUAAGCCACCUAGACCUCAUAGGGGCUGGCAGCUUUUACAGGCAGUGGACUGGGGCCCUGCGUGUCCGCAGCCCAGUGUAUACACAGGAAUAACUAAAGGCAUUCGUGACGUUGACGAAGACUGCCUAUAUUUAAAUAUUUUUACCCCCAAUAAUACAUAUGGAUUAGCCCAUCCAUAUCCUGUAAUGCUAUACAUUCAUGGAGGAGAAUUUACUCAUGGAACGAGUAAUGUAUUCCCAGCGCACAUGUUAGCUGGCUUCCAUGAUGUCAUUGUCGUUUCAAUUAAUUAUCGUUUAGGUGCUUUAGGAUUUCUAAGUACCGGCGAUGAAAACAGUCCAGGAAAUUACGGAAUUCUUGACCAGGCCACAGCGUUGCGAUGGGUCUAUGAUAAUAUCAAGUAUUUCAAUGGUGAUCCGAAGUCUAUUACACUAUUCGGGCCAGGUGCAGGUGCAGCAAGUGCUGGUCUGUUAAUGGUCGCACCAAGGACUCGUGAUCUGGUGUCAAAAGUUAUAGCACAGUCUGGUUCUGCAUUGUCUGAUUGGGCACUGAUCGUUGAUAAGUAUCGAGCUCAGAAUACUUCGAGAAUUUAUGGAAAGCUUGUUGGCUGUAGCAUAGAAAGCAGUUGGAAAUUAGUACAAUGUUUAAAAGACAGUCGAAAUUCUUUUGAACUUAGUAAUGCCGAGCUCACUCCUGAUGUGGGUAUGUUUCCUUGGGGUCCAGUUUUGGAUAUAAAUUAUACGGUACCAAGAGAUGAUUGGUACGAAUCCUGGAGAGCCUCCGAUUGGCAUUUUUUUACUGAAACCCCAGAGGAAAGCAUUAAGAAGGGCAAAUUUAGACCUGACAUUGCUUACAUGGCUGGUGUAACGACUCAGGAAGCUGCGUUCAUUAUAUACAAUAAUGCUACUUUGGAACGGAGUCAGUACUACAUCAAUAUGGAGACGUUUGAACAAAAAGUUUGGGAGCUGGUGCUUCGGUAUAAUUAUACUCUCAAUCCACUCGGUGUUUAUGAAGCCAUAAAGUAUAUGUACACAUACUGGCCUGAUCCAAAUAAUGUUACGCACAUUCGGGAUCAGUAUGUCAAUCUCCUGAGUGAUUUCCUCUACAUUGCACCGUUUGACAAAAUAGCCAAGCUCUUGGUUGAGAAAGGAGUACCAGUUUAUUUGUACGUCUUGAAUACUACAAUCGAAGCUUUGAACCAACCAAUUUGGAGAAGAGUGCCGCACGAUACAGAGUAUUUGUUAUUAACCGGAGCACCUUUCAUGGAUGUCGAAUUCUUUCCACAAAACCUAAAGCUCAGGCGAGACAUGUGGACUGACAGUGAUCGGAAUAUGAGUUAUUUCUUCAUGAAAGCAUACAGUAAUUUUGCGAAAUACGGAAACCCAACACCUGAGCAGAUUUUGGGACUGCAUUUUGAAGUAGCAAAGCAAGGUCAGUUGCGCUACUUAAACAUCAAUACAACAUAUAAUAGUUCGAUUCUGUUAAAUUAUCGACAAACUGAGAGUGCAUUUUGGUCGAUGUAUCUACCAACUGUGAUCGGUCGAUUGGUGCCGACGUAUCCUCCUGUUACAGAGUACUGGUGGGAGCCGAAGCAACCGCUGCAAAUUGCAUUUUGGUCCAUGUCAACGGCAUGUUUGUUAUUAAUCGUUCUGUGCGUAGUCUGUUGCAUGCUGUGGCGUAACGCCAAAAGAGAGUCAGACCAUUACUACAGUAGAGACAUUCUAAUGGUACAAGAGGAAGACCACUCCGAGGGGGUGGAAAAUAUUACGAGGACGUCGAAAGAGAAUGUCUACGAAUAUCGGGAUGCACCACCAAUAAAAACCAGGGUGCCACGGCAAGACGAAGAGAAGUUGCAACAGCGUUUGGCGCAAAACAGAAAAUUCAGUUCGACUCCUUCUUUGAGGAGCAACUCGAACACUUCUCUCAAGGAUAUUCGUUCAGAGGGUUUUGUUACAAGCUCACCGAAUGGUCAACCAAGGCUCAACAAGACCACGAGCCAGUCUACGAUACCCAGAGGUAAGAGUAAGACUCACGUUGUGCAAGGGGUUCCUCAAACAGCUGUGUGAAUUUUCGGUUUACGUUCACUUGGUUUUCAAAUCAAUUUUUGGUGUAUGGUGUGCGUGUAUUUCCACGUGUGCAGCAUUACUUCAAUUGCUGCAUCACAUAAUCAUAAGCUUACCGACCUCAGCCAUGCAAACAUUUCGAUAGACAGUUCACAAAAAGUGCACUUAUUGUUGCAUAACAUUCUCAGUACAUUCCUAAGUAUACUUUUGCCUAUGCAUAUAAUUAACGUACAAAGUAAUUACCAAGCACAUUCGUUUAACUGGAAAAAGCCCACCGUAUAAUUAAGAAAUUUUGUACUACUGCCAAUUGUAAUAAUUGCAAUAUUCGCUACUGCUCAUCUAGAGAUAGUCCCACAAAAGUGCAAAUUAUUUAUAGGUUUACAAUUAGCUGUAAGAAAGUGCCUACCAUUAAUUUUAUACGUCUUUGCGCGUUUUUUUUUUUUAGUAGAAUUAAGGAUAAUUAUGUGCCUUUAAUUAAUGCAACGCGUGAAUUUACUUUGUAUUUUACUUAAAUUGUACAUACCUGACCACUGACCAAACACGAACAUUUUGAUAUCAAAUUAUCACAAGGAUUUUAUACAAUAGUGAACUAAGUCCAAUCGGUACGAAUUAUGUGACCAAUCAUUGACGGUUAUGAUCUUUUAAAGAUCGUAUUGUAUAUGUACAAGAAUAUUGCUUAACACAGAACCGUCCGUAG